AUGGCGUCGUCCGACGCGAACGCGAACGCCCUCGGCGACCUCAACCGCGUGUUCUCGCGUCUUGGGGCCGGGCACACCCAGCCCACCCACGCGACCGAGCGGGUACCCCUGCCGGACAAGCAAAACGAGCCCUGGUUCCGGUGCGAUCUGACCGUGCCCGCCGUGGCGCCAGGGGAGGGCGUUCCGGGAUUCGAUGCCAGGGCCUUCCAAGGGUUCGGCCGCAGCAAGAAGGCGGCGCAGAGGGAUGCGGCGUCGGCGGCUCUGCUGUUCGUGCUGGAGCAGCCCGCGGCCAAGCGGGCGAUGGCCGUGGGCGCCGAUCGGCCGCCGUGGGAUCGCGUCAAAGCGGCACUUUCGGACGGGGGCCGCCGAAAAGACCCUGAGCACGGGGCGUACGCCCAUUUUGCAACAAAAUACCACGACGGGUGGAUGCCAUUGGGAAUGUUGGUAAUGCAUCGCGAGAUCAAGCCCCUGUGGCGUGACCAAGACGUCAAGGCGACUCCCCAGGAGAGAACCAACCAGCUUCUGGACGCCAUCGUUGGGGUUUCCGGGGAUGAAGAGGUGGACAGGUCACCAAACGAAUUGAUGGUGCGUCGCAUAAAGGAAGCUGAAUUUACCCCCGACUAUCCUGAGAGGAUGCAAGGGCUGCUGGAGGGCUGCACAGACACUGCAGCCGCUAUAUUCGUACCUCCUGGGACAAGUCCUCAUCAUCGGAUUCAACACCUUGCAUUUCGCCCCCAUUGA